UCCACCUACCAUCCCCGAGCGCCGCCAGCCUGGGGCGUGCCCGGGCCGCCCCGUCUCCCCUGCCAGGGAGCAGCAUCCCUGGGCUGGCUGGUGUCUCCCGGGAGGCAGCUGCCAGGGGCUGGCUCAGUCCCAAGCACGCUGAAGCGAGGAGCCAGCUCGCUCCCGUGUCCACCCACAGUGAAACGUAAUGGCUGCAGCUGUGUUUACCUAUAGCGUAAUCCUAGUGUUUCUGUCUUCAGUGAAGGCAGAGGAAUGCCAGGUACAUGAUGUGCUGCAUAGUCAAAAUUUGAUAUCUGUACUGGUAGGAGAACCGCUUACUAUUGAUUGUUUAUUACAUAAAAUACUGGCUCUUCAGCACAUGAAUUACAGCUUGACUUGGUAUAAAAGUGGGAGAAAAAUGCCUGUAACUCAAGUGAAACUUUCCAGAAUACAUCAGCACGAGAACUUGCUUUGGUUUAUGCCUGCAAUUUUAGAAGACUCAGGAUCCUAUGAAUGUGUCAUGUGGAAUUUAACAAGCUGCAACAAAAUAUAUUUCAGCAUAACAGUUUUCAAAAAUACUGCUGGUUUGUGUUUUAAUGAGGAUUUUCUCUAUGCUCAAGAGAUAUCUGCAUCAUCAAAUGAAAAGAUUGUGUGUCCUCAUCUAGACUAUUUCAGAGAUGAGAAAAAUACUUUACCCAUUCACUGGUAUAAGGAAUGUAAUCUGAUUGACAAUGAAAGAUUUCUAAGUUGGGAUGAUGAUCUCAUAAUAAAUAGUGCAAAUGUAAAUGAUUCAGGAAAUUACUCAUGCAAAAUGACAUAUACUUAUAUGGAAAAAGAAUAUAAUAUUUCACGAAACAUUUAUGUAACUGUUAUAGAGACCCCACUGAGGAAGAAAACUGAAAUUCUUUAUCCAAGAAACAACACAAUUGAAGUGGAACUUGGAUCCAAUGUUAUCGUGGACUGCAAUGUAUCAAGUUCUAAAGAUAAUUCAGUUGGAAUAUCCUGGAGAGCCAAUAAUACUUUAGUCAAUUUUUUGUUUAUGGGGAGAGUCCAAGAGGGAAAUCAAGAAGAUUCUUUCCCAGAUGGGUACUUAUUCUCUAAAGUGACGCUCAACAUCACAGAAGUGAAGCAAGAGGAUUAUGGACAUCAGUUUGUGUGUCAUGCUGGUGAAGUUGCAGCCUACAUUGCAUUAAGACAGCCAGUUCGAAAUUUUCUAGGAUACUUGAUUGGAGGACUCAUUGCAUCAGUGUUUGUAAUAAUUGUUGCCAUAUUAAUCUACAAGUAUUUCAAGGUUGACAUUGUACUCUGGUAUCGAAAAUCCUGUCAUCCCUUUCUGAGUAAAGAAGUUUCAGAUGGGAAGAUUUAUGAUGCGUAUGUAUUGUAUCCAAAAAUCAAUAAAGUAGAUUGCAUCUACACACCAGAUAACUUUGUGCUAAAGCUGCUUCCUCAGGUUUUAGAGAGACAGUGUGGAUAUAAUCUGUUUAUACUUGGAAGAGAUGAUUUACCAGGAAAAGCUGUGGUCAAUGUUGUUGAUGAAACCAUUAAACAAAGCAGAAGGCUUAUAAUUAUAUUAGUACCAGAAUCAUCAAGUUGCAGUUUAUUAGAGGAUAUCUUUGAACAGCAACUGGCUGUGUACAAUGCUCUUGUCCGGGAUGGAAUUAAAGUUAUUCUGAUUGAGCUAGAUAAAAUAAAGGACUAUGCGAACAUGCCAGAAUCAAUUAAAUACAUUAAGCAAAAGCAUGGGGCCAUCAGAUGGAAAGGAGACUUCACAGAGAAAUCUCAUUCAGCAAAUACAAAAUUUUGGAAAAAUGUCAGAUACCGAAUGCCACCCAGAUGUCCAACUUUUUCAGAACUACACUUGCUGCCAACAGCUUUGAACACCUUUCAAACCACAGAAAGAUAAGGCAUGUGUCACUUUAAUGGCCCUGGGCAGCUCCAUUUUGAUUGCUGUUUUGAUGGAUUUUGUUAGAAUGCUGAUUGUGUACAUGGUAAAUGGAUGAUUUCACUUAAAACCUUUUAAGACUGCAUUCACAGGUUAAAGAAAGCUAAUUUUCAUUCCUCUGUGCAUAGCUAGCCAGCAGGAUACACAGACGUAUUCCUUCAAUGUUAUAUUAAUGGCAAUAUUAGAAUGAUGACAGCAGAAAAGAAGCACUGAACACAGCAGAAACCUCUGGGGAAAAAUAAGCUUUUGAAGGGACACUUAAGAACCUUUUUGAGCAGUGUGCUUCUAGAAAAAAAUGUAUUCAAACAGAUUAAAUAUAAUGAAUAUUCUGUUAUCUUUUAUGUUAACUGGGUCCAGAUUUAUAUUGAGUUUUGUUAGUGAUAUUAUAUGUCUUUAGCCUGUGAUACAACUGCAGUAGUUAGAAGUGCAGUUCAUUAAUCUGUUCUUUAUCACUAACUUAUUCAGUCCACCCAAGCUAGGCCCUCUUCAUCCUGCCACCAAGCAUGGUCAGACAUUGCCAUGCAUAUCCUGCAAAAGUUCAUCUUACUCUGAAUUGUAGAUCUUCAACUCCCAACAAAUACAUUUUUAGAUGAAUAUGAACAGUUUGAAAGAUGGAGGCAGUACAGCUGAAAGAUGCCACAGUGAUUAGUUUUUAAGCAUAUUACUGAACAUACUUUAAAUGAUCUGGAAGAGGGGCAAAGGAUUAAACAGAUGUAAAAUGUUAAAUUACUUCACUGAUAAUACUAAUUUGGAGUAUGAGGCAAGCCCCAAGGAGAACAAAGUAAACAUAUGAAGGCCGGAAAUCCAUGCGUAAAAUGAUACAACCUAAUCCAAUGAAAUUCACUAGAAGCAUUACAAAACGUACCAUACUGAACAGUCAGUGACCUGGCAGAAAGGCAGACUAGGUGAUCGAAUAGUCUCUCCUGUCUCCUAACGUCUAAGAAUUGAUGAGAAGUGAUAGCAGUGUGUUUAAAAUUGGUCAGGUAUAAGUAUUAAGUUAAUGAGGCAAGUGUGGGGGAUUUUUUUUGGUUUGAUUUUUAAAAAAUAUGUGCCAUAGUUGCAGCUGAUUUUUAAUAAAUUUCCAGUACUGUUUUGAGUUGAUUUUUGAAGCAAACUGCAGGGAUUUGAUGGUAUAAGUUCCUCUUGUAUAAAUUAUAAAGACUGCUAAAGCUUCUUAUAGUUUUGUGGAAGAUGUAACCCUUCUGAAGCAGUGGUGUAUUGUUAACCAAAUGAGACUGAAUUAUGACGCAGAGGUUGCUGGCCAGGAGAGGUGACAAGUUUUAGAAAUAAUACCUUUUUUGAGAAAAGGAGGCAGGAUUUUCAUUGACCUUUCCUGGCACAGUGGAGGAUUUAAUGUUUGCAGGUUGUAAUAGAGUAGUCUGUGUAUAGUUAUCCAAGUGUUCUGACUACAACUGCUAAGAAAUCAGUCUGCACUGAAGAGGACCACAAGGGCCUGGGAUAUGUUUAAGAUACAGGGAUUUACAACAAUGAGCUAGUCAAUGUAUUGGCUUUCAGUGGAUUACAGGUGGAAGGAAAUUUGUAUUUUUGUAUAUGAUAGGAAAAAAAUCAUGCUCUUGAAAUGAAGAGUAGAGUUGCAAAGUUCACAUUGGUCAUGUGAGAAAUGACAACCUGUAGGGCAGACCAGAUAAAACUGGAAAACUGUAGUGAAAUUUGGGAGAUCAAAUAUUGAAUAUCUAAAUGUAUGGAUACUAUACUGAUCUUCUGUGGAUCUACUGGUUGCCUUCUAAAUUAGCCAGAAAAGGUUAUUUCACUCUGAAACUAAAGCUUAAGGCCCCAUGAUUACAAUGGGACUACUUGCAAAAGUAGUUAAGGGUGUGUGUGUAAGUGUUUGCUUGCCUGGGGGCCUGUGACAAGGGGAACUCUCAAUGCAGAUAGAAGUUGGCUAUGUAAAAGGGCUCUGACUCCUGACAUUAAUAUGUAAUUGGUUUGAAAUUAACAAAUCCAACCCCUAGUAUUGACUAUAGAUGCACAGUGUCUUCUGUGAAGAUUCAUGUAUUGAUUGCAGGAUCCAUUCUUUUUUAAUACUGCUUAAUAAAAUAAUUUGCUCAGGGUCUGAUAAGUAUGGUUUAUAUUAUAGAUAUUUUAGCAAGUGCAGCAAUACAUUUCUGUAAUUGGCUAUGAUCAAAGGUGAGUAUGGGAAAAUAUGAA